AUGCCCAAGAUUCAAGAUCAUCAAAUAACGUCAAACCCUACUCCUCUGAAAAUCUGUACUGCAUCUUCUGCCAUCCUGGAAACUGCCCAAGAUGUCUCAAGAAAAAGAAAAAAGUCUGAGAAUAGCCCUAAAACAGGAAAAAGUGAAGAUCUCAACCCCACUUACAUGGACCCACAAGAGCAUAACAACAAUCAAAAAAUCAAGCGGAAGUCCUGGCGUAGGGCUAGUAUGAAAGAAACAAAUCGUUGGAAGUCACUGCCUCCCUUUCACCAGGGUAUCACAGAGCUCAGCAGAUCUAUAAGCAUAGUCUUGGCAGAAAGCAAAUGCCUUGGCUGUCUUCUACUCUCCAGUUUUCAGUUUUCUGCAAAGAAACUUGAAUUUUUUCUGAAAGACGUUGAUGGCAUCAGUCUUGAUACUUUUAGAGAGAGAGUGUCUUCAAUUUCUGAAGAAUUUAAGCAUUUUACAAAGAGACUAGAAGAUGAUGGGACCUUACAAAAAUGCUCUAAAGAAUCAAAAGGGCAGUCAACAGACAUUGCCUUGGAAGCAUCAAUGACAGAGAUAAAAGAAUAUAUAGCCAGGCUUUCUUUGGAGUGUAUGAAUUGGGAUCAACUACUGCUACAUCAUCAGAAAAUAGCUGAAGAAAUAUCCAGGACACUAGAGGAAGCCAAAAUAACUGAUGUACACAUAGACCCUGCUCUGUAUCUUCAAUCUUCACAAAGUGAAGUUCUUAGCACAAAACCUGAUUACCAGAAAAUACUAGACAGCCAGAAUGAGGUUUUCAACUGCAUGGAGAUGGUGAUGGAUGAACUACAAGGAUCAAUAAGACUAUUGUAUUCUUUUAUGGAAACUACUACCCAGUUCUUCAAGAAGGUGUCAAUGCAGCUUGGAAAAAGGACUGCCCAGCAGUUGGAAACCUCACCAAUUCGAAAACUGCUCAAUCCUCAGCUACAAAAACCAUCUCUCACACACUAAGGUUCUGCUAAUGAUCACAGUCUUCAUAUAUUUCCUCCAAAUUGUCAUUCAGAUGGUUGCAGAUGAGAAGAUGCUGCCUUUUAUGGAAUGAUUAUAAAUUAAUGGGACACUUUUUCAAACAGGCACCAGCACUUAACUACUAUUGAGUGUUCAUUUAUAACUUCCUUUCCAGAGUUCACUGAUACAUGCCUUUACUCAAGAUAGUUUUGGAAUUUGGAUUUAUUUUUAUUUGGAUAUUAUUUGGAUAAUGACACAUCUUUAUUUUUUUUUCUUAUGUGACUCUAUAGGGAAUUCUUAAAAUGUUUGGAUUAAUAACAUCACUAAAGUAGAUCAGUGGCCCCUAAAGGAACUGACUUUGAAGGAUAAAUAUAAUUUGCUUUAAUAUUGUGUCUCAU